AUAGAUUGGUCUAUAACUGUUUCUCUCACUUUCUCAGUACUGCAAAAUUUUCCAGCGCCUGCUUAGUAGUUAUCGCGAGAAUUUUAGUCAUGCAAAAACCCAGUAGCGGAGCAAGGAUGGAUGUUGUUGCAAUAGCAAAGGGAGACAAACUCAUAUUGAGGGGGUUGAAGUUGCAUGGGUAUCAUGGGGUGAAGCCAGAGGAAAGGACGCUGGGUCAGAAGUUCUUGGUGGAUGUUGAUGCCUGGUUGGACCUUCGGCAGGCUGGUAAAUCUGAUUGCUUGUCAGAUACUAUUAGUUAUACUGAUAUUUACCGAAUAGUUGAAGAAAUUGUGGAAGGACCUGCUCAGAAUCUUCUAGAGUCAGUGGCUCAACGCAUUGCGUCUGCCACUUUUACGAAGCACCCCCAGAUCUCUGCUAUUCGUGUGAAAGUUGGAAAGCCUCAUGUUGCUGUUCCUGGUUCUGUUGACUACUCGGGUGUUGAGAUUCUUAGAUACAGAAGUGUAGAUGCAUCAAACUGAACUCAUUAUUUAUACACAGUUUCCCUUUGUCCCCCACUCCCUUUUUGAGACCUGAAAAAAAUAGAGGGGGAUGUUGCAUGUGUUGCUUAAA